GAAAAUUGAACCUCCUCCUCCUGCCUACCUACCCAAACAGAACACAGCCACCUCGUUUGCAUCGCCCGCUCAUUAGCAACACUCUCACUCUCCGGAGCUCCCGAACACACAAAACGCUCCUUUAAAACCCCAAACAACUCCCUCCCUCCCUCAUCGAUUCAUAUUCUCUGGCUUCUUCCAUUUUCUCUUCUCGUUGCCUUUUCACAACGAUCAUGGCUUCUCUCACCGCAUCUAACUGCGCCGCUCUCAGAACCGUUAACUUCGCCGCCGCUAACCGUAAAAUCGCUCAGAUCCGUCAAUGGUCUCCGAUUCUCACCCAUCUCCGCCCCCUCUCUGGUCUCCGAUGCGGAUCCAACCAUUCGUUUAGCUCCUCCUCCUCCGGCGUGAGAGCACAGGUUGCUACUCUGGAGCAAGCGGGAACCGGAGCACCUUCGAAAGUGGAUGCGCCGGUUGUUGUUGUAACCGGAGCUUCCAGAGGUAUUGGCCGAGCCAUUGCGCUCUCGUUGGGGAAAGCGGGUUGCAAGGUCCUUGUCAACUAUGCAAGGUCAUCCGAGGAAGCAGAAGAGGUUUCCAAAGAGAUUGAGGCAUUUGGUGGGCAAGCUAUAACAUUUAAGGGAAAUGUUUCGAAUGAGGAUGACGUGGAGUCUAUGAUUAAAGCUGCAGUUAAUACUUGGGGAACUGUUGAUAUAUUGAUAAAUAAUGCAGGAAUAACGAAAGAUGGUUUAUUGAUGAGAAUGAAGAAAUCCCAAUGGCAGGAUGUUAUUGAUAUAAAUCUCACUGGUGUUUUUCUUUGCACACAGGCUGCCGCAAAGAUUAUGAUGAAGAAUAGGAAGGGAAGAAUAAUCAAUAUUGCAUCAGUUGUUGGCUUGGUUGGCAAUGUUGGACAAGCUAAUUAUAGUGCUGCCAAAGCAGGAGUAAUUGGCCUGACAAAAACUGUCGCAAAGGAAUAUUCUAGCAGAGGCAUCACUGUUAAUGCAGUUGCUCCAGGGUUUAUUGCAUCUGACAUGACUGCCAAGCUAGGAAAUGAUAUUGAGAAAAAGAUUUUGGAGACAAUCCCAUUAGGAAGAUAUGGCCAACCUGAAGAAGUUGCUGGGCUGGUGGAAUUCUUGGCUCUUAAUCAAGCUGCCAGUUACAUCACUGGACAGGUUUUAACCAUUGAUGGAGGUAUGGUGAUGUAAGUCAGUAACGUGUUUCCCUAGCAACCUGAGCUGCUGCUAUACAGUGAUAGGUUGUUUCCUUGCUGAGUUUGCUUAAAAUAGUUAUACUUUGUUGUAGAAUCUUAGUUGAGCUUAUUGAUUAAAUAUCAGGUUAGCAGAAUAGGCAUAUUUCUUAUAUUUUAUGCAAUUCAGCCGUUUCGGAGAUUGGCUUUUCCCGUCUUUGAUGUAUUUUGUGGGGAACUGGCAGAUUUAUGCACUGUGUUUGAUUAUUCUCUGAUUACACGUGAAACUUUCACAGCCAUUAUUUAAAAAGCAUUUUGCUUA